GGGUGGGCCGGCACCAAGGCCACGCCUCCUGGGCCGAGUCAAAAUGGCCGGGACCGCCGGCUUCGACACUCUCAAGCAAUUCACCAAAAUCAAAGAGGUGGUACCAGUAAAAGCCCAGGAGGAGGAGGGUGGAGUGCGCAGAGCGCAGGAGCCCCCAAGCCCUGGGGAGGUGGGGGCCGAGCGCACCCGUGGGACCCUCCUGACCAAGAUCCCCGAAGGAGAGCAGGAGUUGGCGCUGGCCACCGUGGAGGACAGCGGGAGACACAUGCUGACCCUGCAGCCGGCGCACGCCACCUUCGACAGCGCCGAACUCCCGGAGGUUGGCUGGCUGAUGCCGCCUUACCCAGAGGGGGUGCAGGUGACGGUGCAGCAGGCCGGCAGCGCGGUGCCGUCGCUGCUGUGGGUCAGAGAGGGGGCCCAGCAGAGCCUGCACCAGUGCGUGGCCAUCAGCAUGCAGGACAAGGUGUACUCGCUGCAGGAAAUGCAGAUGAUGCAGUUUCACGUGCUGCAGGACGGCGUGGCCGUGGCCACGGAAGACAGUACCAGCGCAGAGAGCCCGCCCGGAAGCCCGGCAUGGACUAAGCUUGGGGAAGGUCAGGAGGAAGACCAGCCGCCAGCUGAAGGAGUUGCGGACAACACACAGAAGCAGUUCUUUCUCGUGGAAGCAAGGCCUGGAGAUGAGAGAAGAAACGAAAUCAUUCUGACAGUUUCAGACUUGAACGUGGAGAAAACAGAAGAUCAACCCGCGCCCGUUCAACCACUUGUUGGAAGAGCCGGCUCUCCAAAAACUCAACGAGAGACCGAGGGGGUCAGACAGACCUUCCGCUGCGACUCCUGCCUGUUCUCAACGCCCCGAAUUUCGAGUCUGAACCGCCACGUGAAGAUUCACACCAACGAGAGGCCUCACACGUGCCACCUGUGCCUGAAGGCCUUCCGCACGGUCACUCUCCUGCGGAACCACAUCAACACGCACACAGGAACCCGGCCCCACAAGUGUGGUGACUGUGACAUGGCGUUUGUCACCAGCGGGGAGCUUGUCCGGCACAGGCGUUACAGACACACUCACGAGAAGCCGUUCAAAUGCUCCCUGUGCAAAUACGCCAGCGUGGAAGCAAGCAAGCUGAAACGUCACAUCCGGUCGCACACCGGGGAGCGUCCCUACCAGUGCCAGCUGUGCAGCUACGCCAGCAAGGACACCCACAAGCUGAAACGACACAUGAGGACGCACUCAGGGGAGAAGCCCUACGAGUGCCACUUGUGCCAGGCACGCUUCACCCAGAGAGGCACCAUGAAAAUACACAUCGAGCAGAAACACAACAACAACAUCCCCAAGUACCAGUGUCCCCACUGUGCCACGAACAUCUCCAGGAAGAGCGACCUGCGUGUCCAUUUGCACAACCUGCACAGUUACAGAGACACAGAGAUGGAGUGUCGCUACUGUCCUGCCGUCUUCCACGAGCGCUACAGCCUCCUUCAGCACCAGAAAACUCAUAAAAACGAGAAGAAGUUCAAGUGCAAGUACUGCAGCUACGCCUGCAAGCAGGAGCGCCACCUGACGGUUCACAUCCGCACGCACACCGGCGAGAAGCCCUUCGCCUGCGUCUCCUGCAACCAGCGUUUCCGACAGAAGCAGCUUCUGACUGUGCAUGUCCAGAAACACCACGACGCGGAGUUCGUCCCGGCCGUGCACACGUGCUCCAAGUGUGGCAAGGGCUUUUCCCGCUGGACCAACAUGCGGAGACACUCCGAGAAGUGUGAGGCAGAGCAAGGCAAAGCGGCCCCCUCAGGGAUGGGAAGAAGAAUGAGAACGAGGAAGCUGGCCGUCCUGCAAGAGGCAGCGAAGGAAGACGAAGCCGCUGCCGAGGGAGCCCCCAUGGCCAUGGGAGACCAGUGCCCUGGAGAGGCAGCUCCUGCAGCCUACGGAGAGGCUGCUGCCGCCGCCACCACCACCGGCAUCGAGGACCUGGAUGGGGACAUGACCUGCGAGAUGAUCCUCAACAUGCUGUCCGAGUGAGGGGGUCAGACGGGCCCGUCACCGCCUGGCCUGUUCAACGCACGUUAGAAACGUUCAGUGCCUUUGAAACAAUGAAGUUCAUGGCCCUGGAUAGGCACAGGUUUUCCAAAGCUUGAGGGAGUG